CAAAGAAAUGGCUGAUCCUGAAUCCGAAACUGCUAACGACUCCACCGCAGCAACACAAACCCAAGUAGACGACACCGCCGCCAAGCUCAACAACCUCACAUUUAAAAUUUGGCCACCCACCCAACGAACUCGUGACGCCGUCCUCAAUCGUCUCGUGGAGACGCUGUCGUCCGAAUCCGUCCUUUCCAAACGCUAUGGAACGAUCCCUAAGGAGGAGGCUUCUGCUGUGGCCAAGUUGAUCGAGGAGGAGGCUUUUUCGGUUGCCGAGGCAUCGUUUUCCACCGACGAGGAUGGCAUCGAGAUUCUCCAGGUGUAUUCCAAGGAAAUCAGCAAGCGCAUGCUCGAUUCUGUCAAAGCUCGAGCUGCCGCUGCCACUGACUCUACUCCCUCAGGUUCGGCAGAGGCAGACUCGAAUAAUGUGGGAACUGCAGUUUCUGAGGAGAAUUCGUCCUUCUCGGUCAAGGACGAGGAUUGAGUUUGAACAUUCUCGUCUCUUUAGGGCCUCUUUUGGGUCCUUUG